GGGCAUAGGCUUUCAGCUAGAACUGAACCCCAAAAUACAGUGGCUCAAGUACAGGACUUUAGGGGCUCCUGGGUGGCUCAGUCAGUUAAGUGUCCAGCUCUUGAUUGCAGCUCAGGUCGUGACCUCAGUGUCCUGGGAUGGAGCUCAGCUCUGGGCUGGACACGGAGCCUGCUCAAAAUUCUCUAUCCCUCUCCCGCUGCCUCUCCCUCUGGCCCUGUGCGUGCACAUUUUCUCUCUCUCCAAAAAAAAAAAAAAAAAAAAAGGACUUUAUUUCUCUCUUCCCUGACAUUUCCAAGAGAGGCUGGGAAUUUCCACAAGCUGGGACGAUGCCGGAGUGUGAAGGAGUUCGAGAAGCUGAACCGCAUCGGGGAAGGCACCUAUGGCAUCGUGUAUCGGGCCCGGGACACCCUGACAGAUGAGAUUGUUGCCCUGAAGAAGGUACGGAUGGACAAGGAGAAGGAUGGGGUCCCCAUCAGCAGCCUUCGAGAGAUCACACUGCUCCUUCGCCUUCGCCAUCCCAAUAUCGUGGAGCUGAAGGAAGUGGUUGUGGGAACCCACCUGGAGAGCAUCUUUCUGGUGAUGGGUUACUGUGAGCAAGAUCUGGCCAGCCUUCUGGAGAAUAUGCCGACACCCUUCUCUGAGGCCCAGGUCAAAUGCAUUGUGCUACAAGUGCUCCGAGGCCUUCAGUACCUGCACCAGAACUUCAUUAUCCACAGGGACCUGAAGGUGUCCAACCUGCUCAUGACUGAUAAGGGCUGUGUGAAGACAGCGGAUUUCGGCCUGGCCCGGGCCUACAGCAUUCCCAUGAAGCCAAUGACCCCCAAGGUGGUCACACUCUGGUACCGAGCCCCUGAACUGCUUUUGGGAACCAGCACGCAGACCACCAGCAUCGACAUGUGGGCCAUGGGCUGCAUCCUGGCAGAGCUGCUGGCCCACAAGCCCCUUCUCCCCGGCACUUCCGAGAUCCACCAGGUGGACCUGAUCGUACAGCUGCUGGGGACGCCCAGUGAGAACAUCUGGCCAGGUUUCUCCAGGCUGCCGCUGGUGGGCCAGUACAGCCUGAGGAAGCAGCCCUACAACAACCUCAAACACAAAUUCCCGUGGCUCUCAGAGGCCGGCCUGCGCCUGCUCAACUUCCUCUUCAUGUAUGACCCUAAGAAAAGGGCCACAGCCAGAGAUGGCUUGGACAGCUCAUACUUCAAGGAGAAGCCACUGCCUUGUGAGCCAGAGCUCAUGCCCACCUUCCCCCACCACCGCAACAAGCGGGCCAUCCUGGCCACAUCUGAGGGCCAGAGCAAGCGCUGUAAGCCGUGACAAGUUGGCAGGAGGUCUGCGAUGGACAGCCAUGGACUGGGAACGCCUUUGCAGUCCAGGCUUGCAGGGCUGCUGACCUCUGCUCCUCCCUUGGUUGAGAGCCACCUGCUGCUCCUGCUGAUUACACCCCUUCCCCAGAAGAGUGGGGAGGGGGACACCCUGAAGGGCUGGCACUCUCAUACUGGGUACCUGCUGUCAUGUCCUCAGCCGGUAACUCUCACCCUCACUUUCCAGGGGGAAAUGCCCACUGGGCCCAGUUCAGUGAGCAUUGCUAGCUUGGGACGAGCAGACCCCCAUGAUCGCCUGUGCCCCUCCCACCCCCACCUCCGAAGCACCAGGGUCUGUCCGGGUCAGCAAGAGGCUGUGGUGAACAGCCCCCUCAGACCCCAGUUAGGGCUGGCAGCACUCAGGAUGGGAAGGAGAGAUCGAGUGUGGGUCACAUCCCACCUGAUGGACUGGGGUCCAAGCCCUGCCCCUGCUCUCACACUGAGGCCCAGAGGGGAGAGGAUGGGAGUCAGAUAAAAAAGAUUUUCUAACAGGCAUAAGCAGGGUCUGCGUCCUUUAAUGAACUUUAACGUCCUGA